UUGUUCAAACAAAACAAAGCUCUGGGUCGAAGUCCAGGACUCAUAAGCGAGCAGAAACGUGCAGUAAACAUGUCUUGUCCAGAAGGUGUGGAGCUGUCUUCCCCUCCCCGGGGCCUGGAAGAAGAAUACAGCAGACUCUUCACAGCCGAUGCCUUGCUUUUCCUCCGCGAAUUAGUCUCCACGCUUGAUGAGGAGGUCGAUCAGGUUCUAAAGUUGAGGGUUUUGAGAAAGGCCCAGUUGGACCUAUCAGGGGAUCUGCCUGGCUUUUCAGAAGCCACCUCCUAUAUCAGGAGCGACCCAACCUGGAGGGUCCUGCCAGUCCCCCCCAGGCUUCAGAGGAGGCAUGUUGACGUGGGCGACCUGGCCCCCUGUGACACACAGCGCCUCAUGCAAGCUCUCCAAUCGCCUGCACAAGGCCUUCAGAUUGACUUCGAUGAUGGGAACUGCCCUACACACUACAACCAAAUCAAAGGCAUUCAUAAUGUAUACAAAGCAGUGCACAACCAAUUUCCAAAUGUCCCGUCCAUAUCACAAGCUCCCGUGUUGAUGCUCCGUCCUCGUGCCUGGAACAUGGUGGACCACAACAUGAUGGUUAAUGGGAAAGAAGUCCCUGGCCCUCUGUAUGAUUUUGGACUCCUCAUGUUUCACUGUGGAAAGACACUGUUUAAAUACAAGAGUGGACCAUUCUUCUACUUAUCUAAAGUAGAGAGUUUCAUGGAGGCCAGACUAUGGAACAAGAUAUUUGUUUGGACGCAGAAUAAGCUGGGCCUUCCGCUGGGCAGCAUCAAGGCUACAGUGCUGAUUGAGAAUGUUCUUGCAGCGUUUGAGAUGGAGGAAAUUCUUUAUGAGCUCCAGGAGCACUCAGCGGGGCUCAACUGUGGCAUUUGGGAUUACUCAGCCUCCUUCGUCAAUAAAUUUGGUCACCGAGAAGCCUUCCUGCUCCCAGACCGUAGUAAAUAUGUCAGCAUGGAGAAGCGUUUUCUGCGAAGCUACAUGGAGCUGCUGGUGCAGACAUGUCAUAGGCGGGGGGCUUUCGCUACAGGAGGCAUGGCUGCCCAGCUGCUACCUCAGGACCAUCGCAGCCCCUCCCACAGGACAACGCUGGCUAAUGUUACCAGACUGAAGCUGCUGGAAAUCAAGGCAGGUGUGGAUGGUUUCAUGGUUUAUGACCUGGGAUUGAUAGAGGCCAUGCAGAAAUUGUUUCAGAUGCACAUUCGAGGUGAUAACCAGCUCCACCGGGUCCGAGAUGACCUCACUGUGACCCCAGAUGACCUACUGUCCAUGCCCACGGGAGGAGUCACCCUUUAUGGCUUGGAACAUAACAUUGCAGUUGGCGUCCUCUUUAUUGAUGCUUGGCUGUUAGGUAAAGGCCAUUUCUUCUACAGGGGCCAAGUCGAGGACUCGGCUACAGCAGAGAUUUCCAGAUCACAGGUGUGGCAAUGGAUCCGUCACGAGGCACGGCUAGAGGACGACAACAGGCUGGUGACCAGGGGACUGGUGACCGACCUCACCCAGAAGGUCGUGAGGGAGCUGAGAGUGGUCACAUGCUGCGACACCGCCAGAGCUGAACAGAGGUUACUGACAGCUGCAGAAAUGUUCCUGGAGGUGGUCCAGAAGAGAGAUUUCCCAGAAUUCCUCACGACCUACUUGAACCUAGAUCACACCUUCAUCAGCUCCCAUACAAACGGACGACUGGCCGCAGGAAACCACAAGCCCAAACUCUGAGAGCAGGUUCAACAGAUUUUUAUCAAAGGUGAAUGUUAAUUCUCAAAUCCAAAGCUACGCAACUCAAGUUUCCAUAAAUAAUUGUAUAAUUUUCUGAACACAAACAUAUACCUGUUCAAAUAACUGCUGUCAGGAAACGUGUUGUUCAACUCACUUUUUAUUCAUAACUCCUCGCUGUUUGUUAAACAGGAGCACAGUAACCUGUGUGCUGAAUCCAGUAGGCUUUGAAAAUGCUUUUUUUUUCUUCUUCCAAAUAAAUAACAAAAACAGAGGGAUUGAUUCCUUAAACUGGUAAGCCCAUCAAUUAUAUAAAAAUUCUUUAAAAAUGAAGGGGUAUAUAUAUAUAUAUAUAUAUAUAUAU